UCUAAAAUCGAGACCACAUUUCCAAAGAUCCAAAUACAACAAUCUUCAACGUUUUAACACAAAGCUAGCCCUCUAAUUUCAGACCAACCCAAAUUUUCGGGUGCCAAAGGUGGUCUCGAAUUGAAGGAGGGAAAACUGUAUUUAAACAUACAUUUUUGCUUUGGUGGCGCUUCAUAGUUUUAGCGGCUUGCCGUAAAACAUGAAUAUCGACUCGCGAUACGAUAGACUACCGGGUAAACUACAUAGUACAGUUACUACAAUGAUAAAUGAAGAAACUACAAAGUGGACACCACUUCCAAGACCAUGUUUGGUGUGCCUUACCAAAAAGAAAGUUAAUCAUAACAACGUGUUGCUGUUAAGAGCAGCGGACAUGCCACAUGUGGACGAAGAGAGGGCGCAACAGGCAUACGAAGUUAGUGUGCAAAGUCGUGCCGACAAAGUGGAGAAAUUCGGCAUACGACAGGACGAUAGAAGAAAAAGCUUGUCUUUAAAACGUGCAGCCAACUUUGCUGAUCAAUCUAAUGUGGUGGUUACUAGUCAAAAACAAUGUUUUCCAAAAAUGUCUGCAAAGAAAGUCUGUAAAGAGAAGCCAGUUUUGAAAUUAAACACUAACCAAGGAGGCCCAAUGGAGCAGGUAUUUGGUCCAGCAGUGAAAGAGCAAUUUAAUAAGUCAUCCACAGCAAACACGCUAACGCAACCCGAUCAAAGAAGUUGUUUGCAAUCAUCUUCAUCUGUACGUCUCUCAAAUAAGACUCAAACUGUUUUAAAUUUUACAAAACAGAAAAUAACUCCUAAGCAAACAGCAACUCAAUCCAUAAGCAAUCAGCCAUUGGAUAAAAACGAAUCAUGUUUUCAGAAAAGCACAAUAAGCAGCCAAUCAGGUGCUAACAAUAUAACUAGCUUGGUCAGUGAUGAUGAAUUGACGACAGAUGGCGCUCUGACAGUUUGUCCGUUGUGCCAAAUGGCAUUUUCACCAAGUUUGGCCCAAAUUCAGAAGGAUGGACAUAUCGCUAUGUGUUUAUCUGAAGCGUCGGAGGACGUCAUCUGGUGAAACUCUCAAGAUAAUUCCAUGUGGCAUUCAGAAAACCAAGACUUGCAUAGAUAAAUGACAAUCUGUUGAUCUGAAGCUCAUGGUAUACAACUACACCAUAAGGUAGCAGUAGUGAAAAUCAAGACGUAUGGACUUAAAGUAACUCGGGAGGAGUCGGCAGAUAAUUUCUAGUUAACGUUUAUUAUAUCAAGGGGCCCAUGUGACAAGUGGACAGGCAAUUAAACUAUGGUUUGUGGUGACCCCUUAGUUACGCCUCUGUAAAGAAAAUAGAAUCUAUAGAUUAUUUUAUUUGUCUUUGGUAAUUCUAAGCUGUUGUAAUCCAUGCCUUAUUUUGUUUUAGAUAUUUAAGAAUAAUGUUGUGAAGAAGGUGUACAUCAAGACUUGCGUAACUGAUCAAUUAGAACCAUUUUUACUGAGUUAAAAUGGAUGUCAUAGAACAAAUGAAUGAUAUUCUGAUAACUGUAGCAUCGAUUUGCAACCUUGCUUCCAACAGGACAAAACGAAAAUUAUAUAGGCCUAUGUGGUGCUCUAUGUAUGUUUCAUCCAUAGGCCUACUUUGGCGUUUGGGUUCCAUGGUAUUUGAAACAAAGACAGUCGAUCGGUCUGGAAUUGAAUCGCAUUAACCGAACUAUUAUGUCAAAACAUAGGUAAACUUACCUAGGCCUACUUUUCCCUUUAAUAUUGUAAUUUACCGUAACCGACCAUCAUAAUAAUGAUAGCCUUGAUAUUAAUUUGGUAAUGUUUUGUUAAAAUGAUCAAUAACAAAUGCCUUCGUCCAAAAAGGGAGGAGUGAUCGAAACACAUUUUUUUUUCACCCGCGUCCUACUUUCUGAACGCAUAAGAUUGUUUAUUUCUUUUUAGGCCUGUAUAGGCUUGCCAUGGCGACAAGGAAAUAUAUAACACGAAACCUUGCAUGCGUAGGCCUAUUGCAACAUCAUAUGUAGUAGAGAAAUCAAGCAAUCGUUAUUAUGGGCCUAUAUAAUAGAAGAUGCUUUUAUAAACCUGUAUUUCUUUCACUUUGCAGAUAAUUCUCUGCCUUGAUUAAUUGCGUUUCUCUUCAAGAAACAGAAAUCUAGUAAAUAGGCCUAUACUGUAUAAGCAUUAUUGUAGUGAAUGACAAUUCAUUCCGUUACCAUUGUCAAUAUAGUUAGAGGGAAUGUGCGCGUACCGAUUUUAUACUUCUGGGUGGAGAAGCAAUGCAUAGAAAGUACCUUGCGCAAGGACAUAAACGAAGUAGCGUAGCUACGUGCAAUGCACUGGGGCCCAGGGCUAUUAGGGGCAUUUAUAAAUAGACCUAAAAAUAAUAAGUAUAAAAUGAUUUCCAACUUAACAAUAAAACGGCCAACUGGCUCCUCAAUAAUAUUUUAGAAGAUUAAUUAUUGAUUACUGUGUUGAUUUCAAAUCAGUAGUGUAUUCAAUGGUGCCCCAAAUGGGAAAAAAAGGAAAUUAUAGUAAAAUUUGUCUGAGAGUGCUAUUUCCGGCCAUCUAGAGGUGCUAUAAUCAUAAAUUUUCUUAUCUCAGCUCCAACCAUGGUGUUGCUGAGGUGGUCUUUGGCCUUCACCUAUGAAAAUCCCUCCCUGGGCCCCUCUAUUUCGAAUUUCCUUACCCGCCGCUGCAGUUGUUGAAUUUUAUGUGCGACAAAUUUUCUUUAUUAGUUUAAAACAGCUGCUGAUAUCGAAUAUUCCCCUCUUAAAAUAGUUACGAAUCCGAUUGUCAUUAGUAUUUAGCCUAUGCCUUCAGGAGUAGGGGUAAAAGAAGCACUUCUUACGAUGGAUUUUCUGAAAACGUUAGGGACUUACUUGUCACAUCAAGGGGCCCCGCCGGCAAUUAAUUUUGCACCGGGGCCCUUUCGAACCUACGCCGCUGACAAACGAAAUGCAAAUGAGACUCGGUAGACCUAAUAAUAAUGGGUGUUUUCUUAAUAUUAGCCAUGACAAUAGGGUGCUUGCCUUAAUUAAAAAAUUACUGCUAAGCCUGGUCUACAUGGCGUUAUUACAAGUUGUAUGGAGAAAAAAUUGGCUGUCAAAUUAUGAACUGUUUAAUAAACAAACCGUAUCAACUUUAAAAUAA